UAAGAGAAAUUGAAGCUGGAGGAAGAGGGCUUUCCUCCUUGAAGGAAGAGUGUUGGGUGAACUAACUCUUGCCUGGGAAACCUCUGUCCUCUCCUUCCAAUCCCCUAAACUCAAUUCCUUUCUCUCCAAACAUUCUUUCUUGGCUACCUGGCUCUGGCACUCUGCAAGCCAUGGAAUAAGAAAGAGCUGGCAGGGAGGAAGGAGUCUGCUUGCUCAGAGCAGCUGAGAGUUCUCUUUCGACCGUUCUGGUUCCAGGGAAGGGAGCUGAAGAAACUGACAUCUGUCCCGUUCUGUGACCAGUGCCUGGCUUCUGGUGGCUCCAGCAGCAGCUUUCACAUCCAUUUUCUCUUAUGAAGCUUGUUCUGGUUGAAAACUUCUCAGAUUUCAUCAGCUAUGAAACCUACGUAGUCAAACAGCAUGAUGCUUCUCCUGUCAGCUGUGUGAUGAGGAGGAGAGUUUGGCUUUGGAGCGCUGGGAACCUGAGCGAUUGCUGAGGACUCAGAGCUCAGCCCUGACCACUAGAGAGCUCACAACACAAUGAACAAAUUGAAUUUCCAUAACAACAGAGUCAUGCAAGACCGCAGGAGUGUGUGUAUUUUCCUUCCUGAUGAUGAAUCUCUAAACAUCAUCAUAAAUGUUAAAAUUCUGUGUCACCAGUUGCUGGUCCAGGUGUGUGACCUUCUCAGGCUAAAAGAUUGUCAUCUAUUUGGACUCAGUGUUAUACAAAAUAAUGAACAUGUAUAUAUGGAGUUGUCACAAAAGCUUUAUAAAUACUGUCCAAAAGAAUGGAAGAAGGAGGCCAGCAAGGUACGACAAUACGAAGUCACUUGGGGUAUUGACCAGUUUGGGCCUCCCAUGAUUAUACACUUCCGUGUGCAGUACUAUGUGGAAAAUGGCAGAUUGAUCAGUGACAGAGCAGCAAGAUACUAUUAUUACUGGCACCUGAGAAAACAAGUCCUCCAUUCUCAGUGUGUGCUCCGAGAGGAGGCCUACUUCCUGCUGGCAGCCUUUGCCCUGCAGGCUGAUCUUGGGAACUUCAAAAGGAAUAAGCACUGUGGAAAAUACUUUGAGCCAGAGGCUUACUUUCCAUCUUGGGUUGUUUCCAAGAGGGGGAAGGACUACAUCCUGAAGCACAUUCCAAACAUGCACAAAGAUCAGUUUGCACUGACCGCUUCCGAGGCUUAUCUUAAAUAUAUCAAAGAGGCUGUUCGACUGGAUGAUGUUGCAGUUCAUUACUACAGAUUGUAUAAGGAUAAAAGAGAAAUUGAAGCCUCACUGACCCUUGGAUUGACUAUGCGGGGAAUACAGAUCUUUCAGAAUCUAGAUGAAGAGAAACAAUUACUUUACGAUUUUCCCUGGACAAAUGUUGGAAAGUUAGUGUUUGUGGGUAAGAAGUUUGAAAUUUUGCCAGAUGGCUUGCCCUCAGCCAGAAAGCUCAUAUACUACACAGGGUGCCCCAUGCGCUCCAGACACCUCCUGCAGCUUCUCAGCAACAGCCACCGCCUUUACAUGAACCUACAGCCUGUCCUGCGCCACAUUCGGAAGCUAGAGGAAAAUGAAGAGAAGAAGCAGUACCGGGAAUCUUACAUCAGCGACAACCUGGACCUCGACAUGGAUCAGCUGGAGAAACGGUCACGGGCCAGUGGGAGCAGCGCAGGCAGCGUGAAGCACAAGCGCCUGUCUCGUCAUUCCACCGCCAGCCAUAGCAGUUCCCACACCUCAGGCAUUGAGGCAGAUACCAAGCCCAGGGACACAGGGCCAGAGGACAGCUACUCCAGCAGCGCCAUCCACCGCAAACUGAAGACCUGCAGCUCAAUGACAAGCCACGGCAGCUCCCACACCUCAGGGGUAGAGAGUGGUGGCAAAGACCGUCUAGAAGAGGAUUCACAGGAUGAUGAAAUAGAGAUGUUGGUUGAUGACCCCAGGGACCUGGAGCCGAUGAAUGAGGAAUCUCUGGAAGUCAGCCCAGACAUGUGCAUUUACAUCACAGAGGACAUGCUCAUGUCAAGGAAGCUGAAUGGACACUCUGGGUUGAUUGUGAAAGAAAUUGGUUCUUCCACAUCCAGCUCUUCAGAAACAGUUGUCAAACUUCGUGGCCAGAGUACUGAUUCUCUUCCACAGACUAUAUGUCGAAAACCAAAGACUUCCACCGACAGACAUAGCUUGAGCCUUGAUGACAUCAGACUUUACCAGAAAGACUUCUUGCGAAUUGCGGGUCUGUGUCAGGACACUGCUCAGAGCUACACCUUUGGGUGUGGUCAUGAACUGGACGAGGAAGGCCUCUACUGCAACAGCUGCUUGGCUCAGCAGUGCGUCAACAUCCAAGAUGCUUUUCCAGUCAAGAGAACCAGCAAAUAUUUCUCUCUGGAUCUUACUCAUGAUGAAGUUCCAGAGUUUGUGGUGUAAAGGACACCUGUGUGCAGCCAGGUGGGCAGCCUGCUGUUUACCAGCGGCUGUGGAAGUCAUGGGUUCUUUACAUAUUGUGCCAUAUUUCUUCACCCCAACCAUAGCUCUUUCUUUAUAAUAUUUUGAUGGAAACAAAAGCCUUGGGACAAUUGCACUUUAAGUAUUAUGCAGAGGUUAAGGAACUACAGAGAAUGUACAGCAAGACAAGUGCCCAGAAGUUUAUUGAUCCUUUGGAAGGAAAUGUGCUUUACAGGUUACCAGGCCUUCAGACUGUUGGACUGUGGUAUAUUUGUUUAUCUGUUGUUUUUUACUUCAGUAAAUGUAACAUUACAGUUUUUAUCACAUGAAAGAUGUUAGGCUUAUAUGUUUGCUUGUAAAUUUUUUUUUUAAACCUCUCCCUCAUAAAGUGCUCAUGGUUUAAAGGAGGAGAGGGAGGGUUCUCUCUUCUUGUAAUAGAGAGACCAUUGCUGCCUCACUGAGGAUGUCCCAACGUGAACACUAAUGAAGUGGUCACAGUCGCAUGGUUCUAGCAAGCCAAAGAUAUGUCCAUAACAGAGGCACCCACACUGAUAGUCAAGAAGACGUGAACUAAGCAAUAACCAGAAGAGUGUGCACACUGCAAUGCCUGUGACUCCUUCACACCUGAUAAGUUUCACGUCCUCCUCUGUGCUCUUCCAGAAAGCUCUGGGAUUCAGUUGAGUUCCUCCUUGGAUUAACAGAUGAGUUGUGCUCACAACAUAAUACAUUUUGUGGCAUUUACAAAGCUGGUGUCUGUUGAAACAAUGGGAAUGUCUCAGAAAACAUACCUGGUGGUGUUCUGUUUGUUUUCACUUUUCAAUUAUCAAGAACAAGUGAUGGUAAUGCUAGUUUCUGCUUAACCAAAAUACCCUAACUAUAUGUAUAUAUUAUACAUAUAUAAAUACAUGGGAUUAUGUGUGUUUAUAUGUGUUUAAAGCUUACUAACUCUUCAUUUUGGCUUCCAUAACUAUCUUGCAUAUAUAAACUUCCUUGUUCAGUACUGAGGAUACAUCACUGAAUGAAUAGUACCUACAGACAAUCAGAUGAUAUAUGUAGAGUUAAGAAGACUUUUUCCUCAUGUGCCUUUGGCCAUGAUUCUCAACCCUGACUGCAUAAUAGAAUAAUUUGGGAAACUUUUAAAAAAAACUAACAAUGUCUGGGUCCUAACCCAGACCAAUUAAAUCAGUCUCACAUGGGUGGGACCCAGGUAGAAUUUCCUUUUUCUUUAGGUUUUCCAGAUGGAGCUAAUAUGAAACAGGGUUGAAAGCCACUGAUCUGGAGGGUGUUUUUUUGUUAAUUUUGAAGUAAAGGUGUACAGAAGAAGUUAGUAAACAAGAAAGGGCCAUUUUUAAGACAGUGACUGUGUGCUGCUGUUAUGAUAUAUAAUGAAACCAAGUCAGAAGGAUAAACCUAUCCACCUUUUGAUGUACAAUAAAAAUGUUGUUGCUUGUGCUUCAGGAGAGAACUUCAUAGCACAAUGUCUUUCUAUAGGAUGUUUUUUAAUGAUUUAGUAUUUUACAACAUUUGUUUACCAUAUUUUGAUAAACCAUUUUUGCUAUUUGCCAGGUUUUAUUAAAAGAAAACUAUAUAUUAUUUUCUAAAGAAAGUCAUAUUUUUGUACAAAAUUAUGUUUUCAGGUAACAAAGAAAUAGAUUUAGGGGGACAAUAGAAUAUAGCAGUGUUACUGUGGAUGGGAGUCAGUAUUAAAACUUGUGACUGCAAACAUGCCCCACCUAUGCUGCCCUUCAUGCAGGACACAGCAGCAAAAGAGCUCAUCCAGUUUGUUUCAGCUGACACUUUAAGAGGAAAACAAAAGUCCCGUAUAGUCCUAUGGUCAUGAGAUUAUUUUGUUUUCAUCAAAUGCUUUCAAAGAACCAAAGUUUCAGAUAUCAGAAUGUAUAAAAGUAUCUCAGUCUCUGUAUAAAGAAUAAAGAAUGAAGAGAUUGUUUAAUGAUUUUUAUUUACAAGUCAUUAAAUAAUCCACCAUAUCUUGUAGAUGUUUAAAAGUCAAAUCCUAUUCAAGUUUGUACUCUGAAGAACCUAGAUCAUAAUGCGGUGCAUUUCCUUAGCCCUUAAUGUUUCUUGCAGAUAUUUUUUUUUAAGUAUUUAAUUGAACAAGUAGCACCUUAUACUUUUUUUCCUCUGCUUCAGCUAGAGUCAGACCUUCAGGGUUUUGCCAGCACUGUUGGUGGUUUUGCACACCCUCUUUCUAAUUGGAUUUGUGAAUAGUCUUGUGGGUUUUCAAAAAUGAGACAUGCUAGAGAACAUUUUUGCUUUUCGAUCCACUGUUUGCAGCAGAAUUAUAUAUGUGUGUGUAUAUGAAAAUCCACCUUGAAUAAUCUACAUUUUUGUAUUUGGAAAUUGUUUUAAAAAAUAAAAAUGGAAAAGUAUAAAGCUGUUAUUUAUUCUGCAUUUGUUACAUAUCCAUUGCUAGUAAAUAUACCAGUUUGGUAUAUACUGCCUCUAGACAUCAUCUACAUUUGUAUUUGCAACAAUGAGCUUUAUAUCUACAUAAACUGUAAAUAAUCCUUUCUGUGAAAGGAUCAUCAUAUCAGGAUGAUACCAAAAGUAUGUAAAGAAACUGCAUUAUUUUGUAAUUAUUUCUUAUAGGUGUUUCAUGGUAAGAUUAGUAGUCAAUAAAGUUACUUUUUUGCCUUUAAAA